AGGAUUGGUUCUGAGUUUGCGUCUCACCAAGGCGUGGUGAGGCCUCCGGGGUCUUGUGAGAGAGACCCACAGAUCCGGUAGUGUAAUGCGCUCGCAUCAAAAGCAGUGGGAGGCGGUGCGAUGCAUACGGCAUUCUGGGAGUUGUAGUCCUCUGCUCAAGCGUCUUCUGAUCCUGACUGGAAGUUUGCGCAGGAGCGUUGAGCUACCCAAGGUGAAUUAACUGACAUUUGAUUGGCUGUCCCGAAAAAAUGACUGGUAUCCGCGGAUUUGGCUAGAGACCCACUAGCAUACUGGGCGGGAUUGCGGCCGGGACGAGGCGGGGCUUCUGGGCGUUGGGCGCGAGCAGUUUGAAAGACUGUUGGUGUCGGUUCGGCUGCUAAGGUCGGAUUCUGCAGUCCCAGCCCCGCUCAAUGGCAAACCCUGAGGACGUGCGGAUUUCUUCGCCGCCCCCGCCACCUCCUUCGUCUCCCUCGUCUUCAGACGCCUCGUCAACAUCUUCCCCCGGCGUCCCAGUGAGUUUGGGCUGGCCAGUUCCAAACAGAAGCAGCAGCCGAACAGUGGACCCGCUGGAGGAAGUGGAGCUGCAGAUCGGAGAUGCAGCAUUUUCAUUAACCAAACUUCUUGAAGCCACAUCUGCAGUAUCAGCUCAAGUGGAAGAGCUUGCCUUCAAAUGUACAGAAAAUGCACGUUUCCUUAAAACAUGGAGGGACCUCUUGAAAGAAGGUUAUGAUUCUUUGAAGCCUGACAACUGAUUUGGCUGUGUAAUAAUUCCUACUUCCUCAUUGAUGAUAUUUGCACGUGUACCAUAAGUAUAAGGUAGUCUCCAGUAGUUCUGUGUAUUCAGAAUGAAAUUUUUUUGGUUUCCUUCACUUUUGUGAAAGCAGAAUACUGAUGUUAUGUUUGAUGUUGGCAAUAUUUAUCUUUAAAUACUUUCUGUCCUCUAAACUUUCAUAGCAUCUUUUAUGGAAGUUAAUUUCAUCAGUAGAUAUUGUUAUCUAUAGUUUUAAUGGCAGAAAAAAAAAUAGUUAAAUCAUUAUUCUAUUUGAUUUGCAAGAAGAUGCCAAGAAUGCCAGAGUUUGAAGUUGAGCUUUAUUUUACAGACCUAGGGAGGUAACUUUAAGGCUACCAAUGUUGGUCCAGUGCCACUAGGCCAAGGUCCCUGGAACUAAUGAUUGUGUCUUGUUUAUCUCCAGCACCUAGAACAACUGUGUCACACAGCAAUCAGUAAAUGUUUGUUGAAUAAAAGAGUUGACAGUACAGUUAAAAGCUGUUUUUUUUUUGUUCCUGUUUUUACCAUGAAAAUUGUAAUUGUUUUUCUAAAAAAGUAUUUGACUCAGAACCUCACUGACUUGAAGGAAUACAAUCUCUCUCUUUUUUUUUUUUUUACAAGAAUUUGAACUUGGAGGACAACUUUUUAAAAUAUAUGAUAAAUAUUUUUUUAUCCUUUAUGAUGCUUUCUAAAAAGCUUUUAUUUCAGAAAAUGAAAGCCUGUCUAGAAAGAAUGUUUAUAUUUUUUCCUUGUUUAUUUCUCAGGUUAACUCUUUUUGAUGUUGUAUGUUUGGUUGUUCUCUUUAAAGUGCCUUGUCAAAAUUAUGGCUCUGUACUAUUACUAUUUGAGCUUUGCACAUGAUAAUUUAAAUUCUAAAUAUAAUUCUAAAGAAAUUACUGUGUUUUUAAGCCAACAAAUUUAAAUGAUGUGAUUGCUUGCAUAUAAUUUGACUUUAUUGACAAUGUUCUACUUUACUUGUUCAAUAUCUUAUAUUCUCCCUGUCUCUCUUUGGUGGUUUGUGUCGACAAUUAAGCCAACUAAUUUUCCGUAAUUUCUAGACAUCUUUGAUAAUGCAUCUUAGUUCUUUGUAGUUAUGGAGUUGUGUACAGAUAUGUAUUCUAAAGACCCACAGUGGGGUUAUGAAAGGGGACAAACGGAUGGGCAAAGAAUAGUUUCAUUGAGUAUAUUAGGUCAGAGUUCUUGGUCCCCUUUUUUUUUAAAAUUUUUUCUUUUUAGUUAAAGAUAACACAAAUGGUGUGCUUCUAUACCAAAGAGAUACUUAUUUUCAUAUUAGAAAAAUAUUUUUCUUACAUGUCACGAAAAUUGCAAUUUUUAAAAUGUAUGAAAAUAAACUUAUUC